CGAAAAAUCUAAUUUUCUGAAUAAAAAUGGCAAUGCAGCGUUACUUAUUAUACAUAUCAUACAUAGGAAAACCAUUUCGAGGUGCUCAAAGACAAGUGAAGGCUGGCACCCCCAGGCCAGAUGACCCUAGCACUGUCCAAGGCCGACUAGAAAUGGGUUUAAAGUUAUUGAACCCUUGUAAUGAACCUGCGAUUUUUUUAUCUAGCAGAACUGACUCUGGAGUACACGCUUUAAGUUCCACGUGUCACGUAGAUUUAUACAGGAAAAGUGGUUUAAUUUAUGACCCGCAAACCGUCACAAUAUGUUUAAAUAAAUACUUUUUAAAGGAGGAUGUCCCGAUUAGGGUUUUAAAGACUUAUUUGGUGCCGAAUGACUUUCACUGCAGACAUAAAGCUACCCUAAGGACUUAUUUAUAUAAAUUAAUACUUGCUCAAUCUGAUAACUACAAGAAACCCUCACUAUUUCAUUGCCCCAUCGAGGAAUUAGAUAGAAGUUUAUUUCACAUAGGCCAAAACUUUAAUAUAGAAAAAAUGAAAGAAGCAGCCAAACUUAUAGAGGGUCAUCAUGAUUUUAGAACCUUCAUGAGUCAGCAUGUAGGCCAUGCCGAUAGGGAAACUCGAAGGGUGUUGGAAAAAAUUGAAAUUCAAGAAAGUUGCAAAUUUGGUUACAGCAAUUAUAGUUACCCAUCGUUCAUAGAGCCUUGUGAAUAUCAUUUCUUGAAUAUCCACAUUCAAUCAAGGGGUUUUUUGUACAAACAGGUCCGACGAACUGUUGCAACGCUGGUAGCAGUAGCACAAGGUAAAGUGAGCCUUAGAGAUAUUAAAUAUAUGCUAGAAGUGCCCGCCGUGAGUAGCUGGCUGCCUCAAAUCAAACUAGUCGAAGCGCACGGAUUGUAUCUGAGCGAAGUACGGUACAGCCCCGAGGACGUUGCGUUGUUUCGCGAGAGCAUUAGCUAAAAAAAAAUAAAUAUGGUAGGAUCUAGGGUUUACGUGGGUGGGUUGCCCUACGGGACGAACGAGCGCGACCUGGAACGGUUUUUCCGCGGCUACGGCCGCAUGCGAGACGUCCUCAUCAAAAACGGCUACGGGUUUGUUGAAUUUGACGAUUAUCGCGAUGCCGACGAUGCUGUAUAUGAACUAAACGGUAAAAAACUUUUAGGGGAGCGUGUGACUGUGGAAAGGGCCAGAGGCACUCCCAGGGGUCGCGACCAAUGGUCCACCAGCAGCCGCAGUGAGCACCGCUCCCACGAACGAUAUGGUCCGCCCACGAGGACAAACUAUCGCUUGAUCGUCGAAAAUCUAUCGUCCCGGAUCAGCUGGCAAGAUCUGAAAGAUUACAUGCGCCAAGCCGGCGAGGUCACUUACGCCGACGCUCACAAGCAGCACCGCAACGAGGGGGUUGUCGAAUUUGCCAGCAGCAGCGACCUGAAAAACGCCAUCGAAAAGCUCGAUAACACCGAGCUGAACGGCAAAAAGAUCCGUUUGGUCGAAGACCAGAACACCAAGCGCAGAAGAAGCGGCUCGUACAGCAGCAGAAGCCGCUCCAGAAGCAGGUCGGGCCGUCGUUCGAGGUCGCGCAGCCGCUCCAGAUCCAAGAGCAAAAAAUCCAAAUCGCGCUCCAAGAGUCCCAGGGAGUCUAGAGACAAACGUGGCAAGUCUAGGUCCAGGUCUAGGUCAGUCAAAAAAUCCGUGGACAGAUCUCGCUCAAACUCCCGGAAGAAGAGCGUCGAAAGGUCCAGAUCCAGGUCCGUGAAGAGGUCCAGAUCCAGAUCUGUAAAGAGGUCCAGAUCCAGAUCUGUAAAGAGGUCCAGAUCCAGAUCUGUAAAGAGGUCUAGGUCUCCAAAGAGGUCCAGAUCAAGGUCUGCGAAGAGGUCCAGAUCCAGGUCCGCGAAGAGGUCCAAAUCUAGGUCCGUGAAGAGGUCCAGAUCCAGGUCUGCGCAGAGGUCCAGAUCCAGGUCUGUGAAGAGGUCGAGAUCCAAGUCCGCGAAGAGAUCCAGAUCCCCAUCCCGAGAAGCAUCCAAAGAAAAGUCUCGCUCCCGGUCAAGGUCAGCAAGCCAGGGCAAGAAGUCUAGGUCCAGAAGUCGAUCUCGCUCCCCCAAUAACUAAAUCUUUAUACCUACAGUGUUAUUUACUUAGUAAGUACAUUUACUUUACUUUUAUUGUACAAUAUGUUGGAAUCAUUUUCAUUUAAGUAGGAGUAGAAAUUCGUAAGAGAAAUUAACAAAAAGCCCAUUUUAUUAUUAAUAAUUAAAUAUUAGACGUAAGAUUUUAGAAUCAUGAGUUUUUUAUCUGAAAUCAAUUCAAAAAGGAACAAUUUAAAACCUACGGAAACGGUUGUGACGCGCGCCGACGGCCGCAAGUUUUUACAAACCAAAAACAGUGACGUAGAAAUCGCGGAAAGAUCUCACGGCUUUGUCGUGGACAAUAAACCCGACGACGUACCGGCAAAAGUCGUGGAUUUUUUAUACUUGGGCUCCCAAGACUGUUGUGACUUGGAAGUUCUUCUUAAACACAACAUUAGAUAUGUUCUAAGCGUCGGGGUGGAUGCGCCUGACAAGCACGCUUUCGUAAAGCAGUACAAAUUUGUGGAAUGCCUUGAUACGCCCGAAACCGACAUCACAAAAAUUCUAAACGUUUGCAACGAAUUCAUUAACUCGUCCAUCGUCGACAAAUGCAAUGUUUUGGUUCACUGUAACGCAGGCGUAAGCCGAUCGUCAUCCAUAGUGUUGGGUUAUUUAAUUACCGCGCGCCAAUACGCGUAUAUUGACGCAUUCAACAUUGUCAAAUCUGCAAGAAAUUGCAUCAAACCAAAUGAUGGAUUUCAAAAUCAAUUAAAACAAUUAUCUAGAUUUUAAUUUGUUCUGUAUAACCAUUUUCAUGUAAUAUUAUCGACAUAUUUUUUAUAAUGUAAUUAUAUUGUAAUAGACAGAAUAAUGUUUGUCAAGAUGUAAUUGCAUAGCAUUAAUUUUAUAAAUAAAUACACC